CCUGCUGCUCGCCAUUUGCGCAUCGCUUUGCAUUUUCUUGGAAUUAGAAAUAAGCAAAAAGCCAAUCUUGCUCCUCCUCUAAUAUCAUCUGCUUUUAUUCCGAUUGCAUCUCUUUCUUCUUCUCUUCUUCCUGCUCACCACUUCCAAUCCCGAGUCAAUCUUAUACUCUGCAUCCGCCACCUACUUUCUCCGCUUGUGCCUGGUCCAUCACCACUCAGCACGAAUCAUGGAUUUGGACAUCGACAUGGACGAUGGCGCCGGCGGCGAGGCUUUCCAGGAAAUCCAUGAAGAUCUCCCCCGAGGCGACGAUAUCUUGGUACCAGACGAGCCGGAAGAGCCAGGCGAAGUGGCUGAUGAUGGAGAAGUGAAUGAGGACGACGCGUCAAACGCCAUUGUUCCCACAAAGAUUCACAUAAAAGGCCUAGACAAUCUACACACCGACGACAUCAAAUCAUAUGUCAAGGCCCAUUACGGGAUUGUGGACCGGGUAGAGUGGAUCGACGAUACCUCUGCAAACCUCGUCUUCAGCUCCGAACCUUCUGCGCGCGAUGCAAUUGUCGCUCUUAGUGCUAUUGACAUUGCAGAUGCGACGGCGUUGGGCGUUGGCGAGUCUGUCCCGGCCAAGGCUCUCGAAGGGAAACCCGAAACUUCUCUACAGAUUCGCUUUGCGACGCAAGCCGACAGAAAGCAGGCUGGCGCGGCGCUUCGCAGCCGAUAUUACCUUUUGCACCCCGAGCACGAUCCUGAAGAAAGGCGACGGCGGUACCAAGAAAAUCGCUCUCGAUAUCGUGACCGUGAUAGCCGCGACAACCGGGGAUCAUCAGGGCGACGAAGACGCUAUUCAGACGAUGCGGUGGAGACUUUUGAGGCAAGCAUGUACGACGAUGCGCCGCAGGCUUCCAGGGAUGACAGACCAUCAGCUCAAGAAAGUAAUCGCGGUAAAGAGCUAUUCUCGGGCCGCAGUGUUGGACGAUCGACCUCCAGAAGGGACAGAUCAGCGUCCCCUCGCCGCGACGGUGAUGGAGAUGCAGCUAUGGAUAGCUUUGCCAGCUCGUCAGGUAAUAGAGAAAAGGCUCGGGCCAUUCGAGGCCGCCUCGCAAGCGAAUCUAGAUCGAAAGAGCUCUUCCCUACUAAGCCGUCUAGUAGAGGGGGAGGUGGAAUGCUAGACCAGCUCGAAAAGUCCAUUGGCUCGGCUCAUUUGAAAGAGGAGGACAUGCCCAAGAUCGUUGCCGAAUCAACAGGCGAUGGCUUAAACAUUCGAGGUGCUGCUUCUCAGCGAACCGGAGGCAGUGGGUUUUCGAUAAAGGGAGCAGCCAACGCGCAAGAGUUAUUCCCUGGUAAAUUUGGGUCAGGUAAUGCCGGCAAGGAAUUAUUCAAUGCGAAUCAGCCGAAAAGGAGACAAAAAGCUGAGGAUUUGUUUUCAUGAGUUGCUGAGGGAAGAGAUAAAUUAAAGAUUGGUAUUCGCUUUGGUUCGCUGGGUGGUAUGAGCUUUUUGCGCAAAUAGUAUUUAUAUGAUGGAAAGGGGGAGGACAAUUGCCAGCGAAAUUGGACUACUGGGACGGCCGUAUUGAUUGAUACCAUGGGCGUUGGGGUCGCGCGUGCGCAUACGGGCAUAUAUACAUACAUAUCGCUAUC